ACGCGUCGCGUCGCCGUCCCCAGGCCCAGGUGAGACAGCGCCAUGGGGCAGGAUUGCUGCAAGGGGGUCUUCCAGUCGCUGUUCGACUACAAGACCGAGAAGUAUGUCAUCGCCAAGAACAAGAAGGUGGGCCUGCUCUACCGGCUGCUGCAGCUCUCCAUCCUGACCUACCUGGUGGUCUGGGUGUUCGUGGUGAAGAAGGGUUACCAGGACACCGACACCUCCCUGCAGAGCAGCAUCAUCACCAAAGUCAAGGGCGUGAUCUUCACCAACACCUCAGAGCUGGGGGAGCGGCUCUGGGAUGUUGCUGACUACGUCAUCCCCCCCCAGGGGGAGAAUGUCUUCUUCAUCAUCACCAACCUGAUCGUGACCCCCAACCAGCGGCAGGAGACCUGUGCCGAGAGUGCAAGCAUCCCUGACGCCGUGUGCCUUGAGGACCAGGGCUGCCCUCCUGGGAAGCCUGUUGUGACUGGAAACGGAGUGAGGACCGGCCGCUGCCUGCGGGGGGAGAACAAGCAAAAUGGCACCUGUGAGAUCUUCGCCUGGUGCCCAGUGGAGACAGGGUCCAGGCCAGAGGUCCCACUCCUGGGCAAGGCCGAAGACUUUACCAUUUACAUAAAGAACUUCAUUCAUUUCCCCAAAUUCAACUUCUCCAAGACCAAUGUGCUGGACACCAAGGACAAUGCUUACCUGAAGUCCUGUCAGUUUGGUCCCAAGAGCCCCUAUUGCCCCAUCUUCCGACUGGGCACCGUGGUCAGCUGGACCGGGAGCGAUUUCCAGGACAUGGCCAAGCAGGGUGGUGUGAUAGGAAUCCAGAUCGAGUGGGACUGUGAUCUGGACAAAGAUCCUUCUGAAUGCAACCCUCGCUAUUAUUUUAAACGUCUGGACCGCAGAUUUCCAGGAAACUCUGUCUCUUCCGGGUAUAACUUCAGGUUUGCCAAAUAUUACCGGGACGAAGCCGGGGUGGAGUUCCGCACCCUCAUGAAAGCCUACGGCAUCCGCUUUGAUAUCAUGGUGAAUGGAAGGGCAGGGAAGUUUAACAUCAUCCCCACGAUCAUCAACGUGGCCUCAGGGGUGGCACUCAUGGGUGUUGGGUCUUUCUUCUGCGACCUGGUACUCAUCUACUUCAUCAAAAAGAGCCAUUUUUACCGCAAGAAGAAGUACGAGGAAGCAAGGUCUGGCCAACGGGGGAAUGGAACUGUGACUGUGGAGCAGCUGCAGAACCUGCAGACAGUGGAGGCAUAGCCAGAGGCUUGGCCGGCCGAGAGAUUUGGUGAAGAGUCGGGGGCAGAACCAACCGCCUGCAGCUCUGAACUGGGAAGAGCCUCUUUGUGUCUGCUGGGGACCGGGGCUGCCAGGCUCCACCAUCUCUCCUGCACUUUGGGAUCUUGCCACAAGCUUUUUGUUGUGGGUGGAGGGAGGAGAGCCUCUCAGUGGCAGAGUGGCUCCGAUGGCGAAGAGGAUACUGGAGGGGAAGGGGGGCAGGCCAGGGUGUGAAUGAUUCUGGUGUUUGCAUUUCUUCUGAGAACCUAGUUGGACAUUCACUCACGCAUUUAUUUGUACAUGAAGUAAAAAUUUUUUGCAGUGGGCUGGGCCCUAUCUAAGAGAUGCUUGAAUGAGAUUCCCUCCAGAGACAACAGACUUUACAGCCAGGCUCAGCCACUCUGGCCUGCCUCCAGCCGACUUUCACAAAUUCCUAUAGAAAGUGAUAGCUCUUCAGAGAAAAACCAUUGUCCACAGGGAUUCAAUUUAGAGGUGGCUUAGGAGGCAACCAGGAGAGGACGGACAGUCAGGAGGCAGCUGGUCCUUGAGGGGAGAGGCAGCUGCCGAGGGCGUCUAGGUAAGGUGGGGAAGGGAGGCAGCGAGGCUCAGGCCGGGGAGGCUCCAGGCAGAGCAUCUCCCAGAUGGGGCAUCGCUGACUGUGGUCUGGCUCUUGCUGCUCUGUGGGGUUGGGUGUCCCUGCCCAGCUUCCUUCCCCUUCUCCUCAAAGGGUGGCUGGGUCUGAAGGGCUAAUAACAUGGUGCUCACUUAGCAGGUGGAACAGUUGUUGUUAGGAGGCCCUGGCCCCUCUCCCACCUGCAGAUCGCCGCUGUCCCCUCCCUCAGCAGCGGUACAGCUUCAGUCCUCAAAGUGUGGUCCCUGAGCCAGCAGCAAGGCAUCACCUGGGAGCUUGUUAGACACGCAGUCUCCAACCCUCCCCUCCUCCUGAAUCAGAACCUGGGCUCCCGGGUGAUGCCUGCACUUCUUACAUUUGAGACGCCCUGGUUGAGGAGUCUGCAAUGCCUGCUUCUGAGGGAGAACAGAGCCAGCUUUGGUGGGUGGCACCAAUUUCUAGGUCAGAUUUACAUAGGAAAAGGAGCAUCAGUCAUUUCAUUUAAAUAAAAAUAUUUCAACUAGGUAAUACUUCUAUGAUUCAAAACUGGAAAGGCACAAAAGAAUAGAUGUGAAAGCUUCCCUCCCACCCCUGCUCUGGAGGCAACCUGUUACCAAUUCCAAGAGGUGCCCUAAUUUUCAAGCUGAGACUCCACUUGGUUACUCGGUCUUCCCCAGGAAAUGAACUUUUCCUGAUGCCUGCACUUUUCAGAAAGGGUCAGGAUGGAACAGGCUUGAGUACUGGGCUGGGAGCCAGCUAGCUAGCUUCUCCCUCCCCCAGUGUCUGGGGAGUCCCUGUGCAAACCCAGGGAGAGACUUAGAGCCCGUCACUCACUGAACUCGGGGCUGCAGAGUCCUGAGGUGCUGUUUGCACAGCUGCCAGGAGCCUGGGGUGCACCCUCUAGGGAAGCGCUCUCAGAUCCCUGAGUCAGGGGAGCCUGCUUCUUUGCACACAGAGCAGGGGGUAAGCAUUCUUCCCCUGGGGCCUUUGGAGAGGGUCAGAAGGGGCCUGAAAGGUUUUUGGUGAGGCUCCGCCACUGGGGUGGUCCCCAGAACAGGG